UCUCCGAUUGCAAAUUUUUCAUUUCUUUCGGUUCUGCGCUGAAUCUAAUCUCCAUCUCUUUGUGGAAAGAUGGGCAAGCACGUGGUUUCUGACGAAGAAGAUGAGGUCGAGUACGAAGGAGAAGAAGACCAAGAACCCGUUGAGGGGGAUGCAGUCGAGGGGCAAGAUGAAUAUGAGAAGGAUGGAUUCAUAGUCGAUGAUGUUGAUGAAGAAGAAGACGAAGAAGAGGAAGAGAGGGCUGACAGUGAUGAGGAGAGGCAGAAGAAGAAGAAGAAAAGGAAGAAAAAGGAAGCUGAGGACGUCCUUGAUGAAGAUGACUAUGAGCUGCUCCGGGAUAACAAUAUUAAUUACCGUCCAAAGGAAAGCAAAAAAUUUAAGCGGUUAAAAAAAGCUCAGAGGGAUGCUGAUGAAGAUCGAUUUGGAUUUUCGGAUGAGGAGUUCGAUGGAAGUGGUAGGGGUGGAAGAACUGCUGAGGAGAAGCUUAAGCGUAGCUUAUUUGGUGAUGAUGAAGGACCACAUCUUGAGGAUAUUGCUGAGGAGGAGGAGCAAAUAGAAGAAGAAGAAGAGGACGGAGACAUUGGUGAAGAAGAUGAAAUGGCAGACUUUAUCGUAGAUGAAGAAGAAGUUGAUGAGCAUGGAGCUCCUGUGAGACGGAAGAAGUUGAAGAAAAAGAAAUCUAGGCAGGCUCCAGGAGUUUCAUCAUCAGCUUUGCAGGAAGCGCAUGAAAUAUUUGGUGAUGUUGAUGAACUUUUGCAGCUUCGCAAACAAGGGUUUGAUUCUAGUGAAUGGAGAGAAAGGAAACUUGAAGAUGAAUUUGAACCAAUUAUUCUCUCCGAAAAGUAUAUGACAGACAAGGAUGACCAGAUUCGGAUGACUGAUAUUCCAGAACGAAUGCAGAUUUCUGAGGAAAGCACGGGUAGUCCUCCGACAAAUGAAAUUAGUAUUUUAGAUGAGAGCAGUUGGAUAUAUAAUCAGCUUCUCAGUGGUACAGUGCCUUUGUUUGGUCAUAGAGGUGCUGGGUCACCUAUAGAGGGGCAGGAUUUGUCUAUAAACAAGGAUGACAUCUCGAGAUUUUUGGACCUAUUGCAUGUGCAGAAGUUAGACAUUCCCUUUAUAGCUAUGUAUCGGAGGGAAGAGUGCUUGAGCCUAUUAAAAGAUCCUGAGGAACAAGAAGUUGAUGAUGAUAACAAGGAUGAUUUCGAGAGACCACCUAAAUUGAAAAGGCACAAGGUACUUUGGGCAAUUCAAGACUUGGACAGAAAGUGGUUGCUUCUACAGAAGCGAAAGAGUGCUCUUGAAUCGUAUUACAAGAAGCGUUUUGAAGAAGAAUCUCGACGGAUAUAUGAUGUAACAAGACUAGCUUUAAAUGAGCAACUUUUUGGUUCAAUUUGUAAGUCACUCAAGGAUGCAGAAUCAGAGAGAGAGGUUGAUGAUGUUGACUCAAAGUUUAACUUGCAUUUUCCUCCCGGUGAAGUUGGUGUGGAUGAAGGUCAGUAUAAGAGGCCCAAGAGGAAAUCACAAUAUGGUAUCUGCAGUAAGGCAGGUCUAUGGGAGGUUGCGAGCAAGUUUGGUUACAGCUCUGAGCAACUUGGUUUGCAGUUAUCCUUGGAAAAGAUGGGAUAUGAAUUAGAGGAUGCUAGGGAAACACCUGAGGAGAUGGCCUCAAAUUUCACGUGUGCAAUGUUUGAGACUCCUCAUGCUGUGCUUAAAGGGGCUAGGCACAUGGCUGCAGUUGAGAUAAGCUGUGAGCCAUCUGUCAGGAAAUAUGUCCGUAGUAUCUUUAUGGAUAAUGCUGUAGUCUCAACAGGUCCAACACCUGAUGGAAAUUUAGCAAUAGAUUCUUUCCAUCAGUUUGCUGGGGUGAAAUGGUUGCGGGAAAAGCCGUUGAGAAAAUUUGAGGAUGCACAAUGGCUCCUUGUACAGAAGGCUGAAGAGGAGAAGCUUAUCCAAGUCAGUUUUAAGUUGCCAGAUGAUGCUCUGGAUAAGUUGAUAAGUGACUGCAAUGAGCAUUAUCUUAGCGAUGGUGUCAGCAAAUCUGCCCAGCUAUGGAAUGAACAGAGGAAGUUAAUCCUGCAUGAUGCACUUAAUGGUUUUCUUCUGCCUUCUAUGGAGAAAGAAGCUAGAUCGAUGAUGAGUAGUAGAGCUAAAAACUGGUUACUCUUGGAAUACGGAAAGGAUUUGUGGAAUAAAGUUUCUGUGGGGCCGUAUCAACGGAAGGAUAAUGAUAUUAUCUCAGAUGAUGAAGCUGCACCAAGAGUCAUGGCUUGCUGUUGGGGCCCAGGAAAGCCUGCUACCACUUUUGUGAUGUUAGAUUCGUCAGGGGAGGUGCUAGAUGUGCUUUAUGCUGGAUCUCUAACUUUACGGUCUCAAAACGUGAAUGAUCAACAGCGUAAGAAAAAUGACCAGCAACGUGUUUUGAAGUUUAUGACGGAUCACCAACCACAUGUUGUUGUUCUAGGAGCUGUAAACUUGUCCUGUACCGGGCUGAAGGAUGAUAUUUAUGAGAUCAUUUUUAAAAUGGUGGAGGAAAAUCCUAGAGAUGUUGGGCAUGAGAUGGAUGAGCUAAGCAUAGUAUACGGAGAUGAAUCUUUGCCUCGCCUAUAUGAAAAUUCUCGGAUUUCAUCGGACCAGCUGCCUGGACAGUCAGGCAUUGUUAAACGGGCUGUUGCUCUUGGGCGCUAUUUGCAAAAUCCAUUGGCAAUGGUUGCAACAUUAUGCGGACCUGGGAGGGAGAUCUUGUCCUGGAAGCUUGGUACUUUUGAGCACUUUCUCACCCCUGAUGAGAAAUAUGGGAUGAUUGAACAGGUUAUGGUAGAUGUCACAAACCAGGUUGGCCUGGAUAUUAAUUUGGCUGUAAGCCAUGAAUGGUUGUUUGCUCCACUUCAAUUCAUAUCUGGCCUUGGGCCUAGAAAAGCGGCAUCUUUACAGAGAUCCCUAGUAAGAGCUGGAGCAAUUUUCACUCGGAAGGACUUUGUGACAGCCCAUGGUCUUGGUAAAAAGGUGUUUGUCAAUGCAGUUGGCUUUUUGCGUGUUCGGCGGAGUGGGCUUGCUGCUAGCAGCAGUCAGUUCAUUGAUCUUUUGGAUGAUACAAGAAUCCAUCCAGAAUCUUAUGGUCUUGCACAGGAGUUGGCAAAAGAGGUAUAUAAUAGGGACAUCGAAGGUGAUACAAAUGAUGAUGAAGAUGCAUUGGAGAUGGCUAUAGAACAUGUGAGAGACCGGCCUGAUUUAUUGAGAACCUAUCUUCUGGACAGACAUAUUAAAGAAAAGAAGCGUGAGAAUAAGAGAGAGACGCUAUAUAUUAUAAGAAGGGAACUAAUACAGGGUUUCCAGGACUGGCGUAAUCAGUAUAAGGAACCAAGUCAAGAUGAGGAAUUCUAUAUGAUUGCAGGUGAAACUGAAGAUACUCUUGCUGAAGGGAGGAUUGUGCAAGCUACAGUCCGAAGGGUACAAGGUCAAAGAGCAAUAUGUGUGCUUGAAUCAGGAUUGACUGGAAUGCUUAUGAAGGAAGAUUAUUCUGAUGAUUGGAGGGAUAUUUCAGAGUUGUCUGACAGACUGCAUGAAGGUGACAUUCUCACCUGCAAGAUUAAAUCAAUUCAGAAGAACAGAUAUCAGGUGUUCCUAAUUUGUAGAGAGAGUGAGAUGAGAAAUAACCGAUACCAGCAUGUUCAAAACCUUGAUCCAUACUAUCAUGAAGACAGGAGCAACCGUCAGAGUGAGCAGGAAAAAGCUCGAAAAGAAAAGGAGCUUGCAAAGAAACAUUUUAAGCCACGGAUGAUUGUUCAUCCUCGCUUCCAGAAUAUAACAGCUGAUGAAGCAAUGCAGUUCUUAUCAGACAAGGAUCCUGGCGAAAGCAUCAUUCGUCCUAGUUCUCGUGGGCCUUCUUAUUUAACAUUGACUCUCAAAGUUUAUGAUGGAGUGUAUGCUCACAAGGACAUAGUUGAAGGUGGAAAGGAACAUAAAGACAUCACAAGCUUGCUUCGAAUUGGGAAGACGCUGAAAAUUGGGGAGGACACUUUUGAGGAUUUGGAUGAGGUAAUGGACCGAUAUGUUGAUCCCUUAGUGGCCCACCUAAAGGCAAUGCUUAGCUAUCGUAAGUUUAGGAGGGGCACUAAAGCAGAAGUUGAUGAGCUCCUAAGAAUUGAGAAAGCAGAGUACCCAACAAGGAUAGUUUAUUGUUUUGGCAUAUCGCAUGAACAUCCGGGUACCUUCAUUCUAACUUACAUACGAAGUACAAAUCCUCACCAUGAGUACAUUGGUUUGUAUCCUAAGGGAUUCAAGUUUCGUAAGAGGAUGUUUGAGGACAUUGAUCGGCUUGUGGCAUAUUUUCAGAGGCAUAUUGAUGAUCCCCAGCAUGAUUCAGCACCUUCAAUUAGAUCAGUUGCUGCUAUGGUACCAAUGCGAAGCCCUGCCACUGGGGGCUCUUCUGCAGCAUCUGGUGGUAGUGGCUGGGGUGGUUCAAACAAUGAUGGUGGCUGGAGAGGCCAGUCUGUUGACAGGGAUCGUUCUUCUACGCCAGGUUCAAGAACAGGCCGAAAUGAUUACAGAAAUGGAGGUAACCGAGAUGGGCAUCCAAGUGGGCUUCCACGGCCAUAUGGUGGUCGUGGGCGUGGUCGAGGUUCAUACAACAACAGAGGAAAUAAUUCUGGUAAUGAUAGGCAGGAUUCUAGUUACGAUACUCCCAAGUGGGAUUCAGGCACCAAGAGUGGGGAUGAUGGGUGGAACAGUUUUCCUGGUGCUAGAGUUCAAAAUCCAGCUGGCAGGGAAUCUUUCCCAGGUGGUUGGGGCAGUGGUGGAAGUGGAAGUGGUGGUGGGGGUAGCAGUGGUUGGGGUGGUGGUAGUGGUGGUGGUGGUGGUGGGGGUAACAGUGGUUGGGGUGGAGGUAGUGGUGGUGGUGGUGGUGACAAUGCUGGCUGGGGAAGUGGUGGCACAGACAACAAAGAUUCUGGAUGGGGCAGUUCUUCCAAGAAAAGUUCAGACAAUGGUUGGUCUGUAGGAGGUGGUGGUGGUGGUUGGUAAAGCUGUCAACUCUGACACUAUCUCCAUAUCUAACUCCAAUUUCAAUCUUUUAGUGUAAUUUAGAGGCCAUAGUUUAGAAUGGUAGCUUUUUAUUCUCAGUUUCAUGUUUCUAUCCUUUAUUUUCUCAUUUCUUUUUGGGGUAUGAAACACUGAUGUAAAGGCAUUUGCUAUGUGUCCUGUAUAUGUAUUUAAAUUAUUGUGAACACAUUAGCAGAAGUGCCUUUCUUUUUUGCUUUA